CAACUCUUGCGUUUCCGAAAUUUCGGAGCUUGCCGCAGCUCAAUCAAAUGCAUCAAUGCACCUCCUGAUGCCAUCAUUUUGACAACCAGAUGAAUGCCGUCGUUCUUCGUCCCAGCCCGCUCUUCGCGGCACCGCACAGCAUGCUUUGCCCUGUACCGCUCCCUCCUCCGCCAAGGCCUGCGCGUGCCCCUACCAGAUGACCUCAUCACGAACUCCCCGCUGGGUCCAGCCAACCCGAUCCGAACCCUCAUCCGCAACGGCUUCCGCCGCAACAAACGCGACACAUCCCACCGCCUGGUCAUAUCGGCCCUCAAAAACGGCUACCGCUUCCUGACCCUCCUCUCCCGCGCUGCCGACGCAUCCACUCCAGAGCACGCAUCCGUGCUGACCUUUCUCCGCGAGAACCAGGCCCGCGUGGUGGCGGUCAAGGCCAAGCGCGAAGCCGAAGCAGCCUCGCGCAUCUCGACCGCCCCGAUCGAGGGCCGCACGCCGCUCAUUAAGAAAAUCUCGGCCGAGGGCGAGCCGCCCGUCUAUGCCCCCACGGGGCCGCCGCGCCCGCUGUCGAGUUUUAGGUCCGGCGUGCGCAAGCCGCCCACCCUGGCCGCGACGAUGGGGGUGCCGUUCCUGAGGCUCAAAAAGCCGCAGCCGAGAUUUCUGGAGAGGGUGCUGAGGCAAAAGUCGCAGCGGCGGUGGCGGCGGAUCGAGAAGAUUAUGGAGAUGAUGUGGGAGGGGUUGGAGGAGGCUGGGGUGGAGGACGCGUGGGACCGGAUGAUGGAGCGGUUGCUGGCUGAGAAGAGGAGGGCGGAGAGGAAGAAGGGAUUGGAGAGCAAGGGGGCGGCGGAUGAGGGGUCGUACAAGCAGACUUUGCAGGAGGCGCUCACGUACUCGAUGGAUGUCACGGAGAGGGAGAGGCAGGAUCUGGUUGCCCGGGCCAAAGCGAUGUGGCAGAUUGUGCUGGCUGAGCAGGAGAUGGCGCUGCUGGAGGAGAGGGAGAGGCUGGUGAGGGAAGGGAGAGAAGGGGAGGAACCUCAAUUGAGGGUGUGGAAAAGGCCGGUUUACGCACGGAAUCGCAAAGGAAGGAAACAAGGAGACGAGGGAACAUCCGGAGAAUUGCGAGGGCCCAAGACUGUGCAACAGACUUGAUGGCUCGGAGUAUAGCAAUACACCCGCCAGGUGCCCCGGACGCCGAUGGGCCUUCCAUUCGUUGAGUGUGUUGCCGUAACAUGGGAAAGGGCCGCUAACAGGGGGGUUGAGCCGUGCAACAUCCGCAACGAUACGGCUUUCAUAGGGCUGUCCCAAUGAGCAGAAACAGCUAACACAACCUCGUCCUUGUCGCUGCGCAAUGAAUGUAGGGAAGGGUGUCUGCGGCUUACGAUAAUGACUGGCGGAUGUCUCCUUCGCGAUGUGAUGUGGAUAUUGAAGCGUGCAAUUAUCAAGUUACUGUC